AUGAGUGCACGUGAGCCCGAUCACCGUAGGAUCUGUACGCACAACCACACUUACACAAUGGCUUAUACGGCCGCACCCCUUUGCAUCCUAACACAGAACUGUCGAGGCCUGAACACACUUGAAAAACGCUCUCAUCUCCUACGGGAACUUAAAAAUAAAGAGGUCAUGAUAGCACUGCUACAGGAAACACACCUGAAACUGACAGAUACACACAGAUUAAAAGAUAGACACUACCCAGCCAACUGCCAUAGCACCCACCCUACUUCGCGAAAGGCAGGGGUAGCAAUACUUAGCCGCUAACACCCAAUUCACCCAGACCGACCAACUCACAGACCCGAAUGGUAGAUUUCUCUUUAUCAAGGGCACGGUAUCGCGGAAAACCUACACAUCCACCACAAUCUAUGCCCCGAACGCAAAACAGGCGACGUUUUUACGCAAGAACAUUCGCCAACUGGCAACAUUUUUACUGAAGGAACGCUUAUCAUAGGAGGAGACUUCAACGCACUGCUUGAUCCACUAAUCGACCCAUUGACUGGGCACAGCAGUAUAUCACAAAUCGCGAUCAGGGCGAUAAGGAAGACCCUGCGAGACCUGAGAUUAGUAGACACAUGGAGAACCUUACACCUGACAGACCGGGAUUAUACGCACUACUCAGCUAUACACAGGAGAUACUCACGUAUUGACUACAUCCUCAUACAACAAGAAGGCCUGCAACGAUUGCAGUCGGCGGAGAUCCUACCGACACCGUGCUCGGACCACAGCACAGUGUACAUAUGCCUGGAUUCCCCUCUGUUCAGACCCACAAGGACGGCGUGGAGAUUGAACGAGUCUCUCCUAUCAGAUCCAGAAGUGAAGACACAAUUGAUAGAACAUUUGAACAACUACUUUACUGAGAACGACACGGAAGACGUAUCUAAAGUGACGCUUUGGGAAGCCCACAAGAGUGUGCUAUGGGGACACUUCAUAAGGAUUGCAUCUCACAAAAAGAAGGAAGCACAGCAACACAUGAUGGAACUCACCGACCAGAUAACAAAACUAGAAACACAGCAUAAGUGGACACAACUAGAGGAGCAAUAUCGCUCUCUAUUAGAAGCCCGCCGGCAGCUAGCAGAACUGGUAGCCCGCAAACACCACAGAGCGACACAGAGGUCCAAAGCCUUUUUUUUCUACAUCCAUGCCAAUAAAAGCAGGAGGCUACUGGCCCGUAUGAUCCAAAAACCAACAGACCAGAGCACAAGUGCAUGCACUGCGAACAACCAAGGGCACCCUCACACAAUUCCCGGGGGGGAAUGGCCAACACAUUUUGCACGUAUUACCAACGAUUGUAUAAUACCUCACCAACGACGUCCGACACUCAACACGCCGAACUGA